AUGGCAUCACUUCCAAAGCUUUCCACCGUUUUUACCUGGGCUCUCUACUUGAUCCCACUGUAUCUCUUCAUCCUCGACCCGCUAGUGCGCGGAUACUUCCCGGGCCUGCUAGCACCACGCGGGGAAAAUGACGACCUUUUUGACGAGUCCAGCGCACCAGGACCAGGCAUCAACCUCACCGAUGACAGCUUCAUCAGCCCCGAAGAUGGCGUACCAUUCAGCUGCCCCAGUGUAGAGGGAUACCGCGUUCAUAUCCUCUCGCGCGAACCGCUGGUCGUAUAUAUCGAGAAUUUCAUCUCCGAAACCGAAGCGAACCACAUCCUGGACAUGAGCGUGAAUAAAUACACCCCCUCAAUCGUCUACGACGGCCAAACCGAACGAGUAGACCCAACGAAACGCCUCUCCGACCGCGCCCUUCUCGACCGCGACGACACAAUCCGCUGUUUGGAAGACCGCGCCCGUGCCUUCCAGGGCUGGCGUCCGGACCUGUAUAUCGAGCGCAUGUGGGCGCAGCGCUACAAUACCUCCGGGCACUACCGCCACCACUAUGACUGGGCCGGGUCGCUGGCACGGGGCGGAGACCGGUUCAGCACAUUUAUGGUAUAUCUUGAUGCGAAUUGUGAGGGUGGGGGGACGAAUUUUCCACGAUUGAGGAUGCCGGAUGGGGAGGGGUGGUGCCGGUUCCUGGAAUGUGAGCCGCGGGAUGGGGUAGAUAGGAAGGGGAAGAGGGAGGAGAUGGGGAUCACAUUCAAGCCUAUUAAGGGUAAUGCUGUGUUUUGGGAGAAUCUUCGGCCGGAUGGGACAGGAUAUCCGGAGACUUGGCACGCUGCGUUCCCUGUCACAAAGGGGACAAAGGUUGGCUUGAAUGUUUGGAGUUGGUACCAGCCAAAGCGGAGGAACCGCUUGGGAAGGUAA